GAGAGCUGUGAUGCAGACGGCGGAUCACAUGAGCAGGGAUCUGUUUACAAACUGAGCAGGAGCAGCACUCAGCUCCAUGAUGAAGAACCUUGGUUGAGGAUCUGGGAAUCCAGCUGGGGCAUCGAGUGCCGCGCGGGGCUCAGCGUCGGCCCCCUUGGCUCCCAUUUUCCUCCCUCCAUAUCUUUUCGGAGCAGAAGGAGCAGAUGGCGCGUACGGGGGACGAGAGGGGGAGAAAGGCCGACUGAAUGCCCGACACGGCGUGAGGAGCGUCCCCACUGGCACGCGCGUGUUCGCCGCAGAGCCUCGUCUUUUGUUCCCUUUCUUCGGGGGGAAGCAUACGCACCUUUCUUUGUGCUUCGGGCAAGUCGGGCAGACCCGCGCGAAGGAAACGGAGACGCCAAGACCGGGGAGCAGGGAGCAGGGAGCAGCGAGCGGAGGCGCGGCAGGGUGAGGCUUGUGAAAAAUGUUUUGAAGGAAGACAAAGCAGUUACUAUAUUUGGGGCUGCUGCUGGAGGUGCUCUGCUCUGCGGGACACGGGCGUCCCGACCGUCCCCUUUCAGGCACACACGAUCUGUACAGGAGCAGGACGCUUUCUUUUCUAACGUUUCAGCGCACAUUGCCCACAAGAACUUUAAAAGUGCCAAAACACUUGCAUGUCCCUAACCGUUGGCGGGACCCAGUCCUCUUCCUCCUUCAUUCCCCAAGAAGAUAAAAAAAAAAAAAAAAAAAAAAAAAAAGGAGGGAUUUUCUUAACAGCUCUGACGUUAACCGGACCAGCCGUGAAAAUCUCGCCGUGGCAUUUUGUUUAAAUUACUCGUCGCUGUUGUUUUGUUUCCGUGCUCUGGCUCGCGUCGCUGGAUUUAAAGAAUCUCUGACUGUUUUUUUCUUUGCAUGUAUGUUUUUCUGAAACGGCGAUGCAUAUCAGAGUUGAGAGCUGCGGCACUUGAAGCGUUAACCACCGAGCGCUGGGAUUGGCCGGUCUCCCCCAUCCAUGGUGGGCAGUCCACAUACAGCCCAGAAAGCUGUCUAGCGGCCAUCGACGAGAGGCCCGGCUCAGCCUCGGCUCCUGCCCACCACCCCCCCCGAGCCCACCCAACCCCCACCCCGAAGGCGGCCGGUCUUGACGUCUUCCUGCUGAAUUUACUGUGGCUGCUCGGAUCAGGUUUCAUGCACCCGUUCCAGUGGUGUAAUGGAUGCCUUUGCGGCUUAGGAUUGCAGAGUUCGUACAAGUACUGUGAGAUGAUGUCAGAAGAUAUCUACCACCUCCCGCUCAAUGUGUAUAUCAUCGUCCUGGGCAUCGGCCUCUUCAUCUUCAUGCUGAGUAUGAUAUUCUGCUGCUACCUGUUCAGGUUAAGGCGGCAGGGAACACGUGAGCAGUAUGGCUACAAUGAGGUUGUUCUAAAGGGAGCAGGAAAAAAGUUGAGUCUUCUUGGACAGACAUGUGCAGUUUGCCUGGAGGAGUUCAGGAGCAGAGACGAGCUGGGAGUGUGUCCCUGCACACAUGCAUUUCACAAGAAGUGUCUGGUGAAGUGGCUCGAGAUCCGCAGCGUCUGCCCCAUGUGCAACAAGCCCAUCUGCAGGCUGCAGGCAGAUGCCCCGCAGGGCGCCGAGGGGCCGCAGGAUCCCCAGGAGGUGUGACCCCGGAAGAAAUGCAGUGCACAGGAGCCAAGCGUACCCCCCCAUCUCCCUUCCUAUCCCACAACUCGUAGAGUGUCCCACAGAGCCGCCUGCCCCAACACAAGCCUGAAACGGAGAUUUCGUGCUGCACAUGUUUGGCCUUACGAAUCGACACUUGGAAUUACACACUGGGACAGACACUGGGUGCAAUCGAGAGUGUUACUGCCAUUACGACCCAGGCACAUUCCACAUGGGGACAGACUCUAUAAGAGCACAAAGAAGCUACCAGCAAGGACAGGUCUCAGCUCUGGCUGAUCUUGCCCAGUGCCAAAAAGGGAAAGGAUUGCAUUAAAACAGGUGACUGGCUCAAGUAACCACUCCCAUCAAUGAAUAAAUAGAGUAUGUUAGCCUAAGUUACCUCUUUUUAGUUAUUUUGUAUUGUUACUGGGUUUCAAAUAAAGUGUAAUGUUUUGGUGGUAAAUUAUUUCCAGCUUGUUUAUUAACAGGGAUAGCUUUGUAAAAUUUAAAGAGCUAAAGACAAAUGGUGUUUGCAUAAUGUGCUAGUCACACGGGCGAGCAGAUCCUGUUUGCCAACACUGCAAUACCUUUUGCUUCAGCUUUUUUAAAUAAUGUACAAUCAUGAGCUGUCGUCGCUGAAAUAACUUAUUUAAAUAACACGUUAGACUGACAUUUUACAUCGGCCGUUAAUUCUACUUCUCUUGUGACCUGUCAGUGAUAUAAAAGAAAAAUUCUCAAUAAACAAACCACAAAGUAAUCAUAAAAACCAUG